CGCAGGCGCAAUCAACCGGCCACGAGCAGUAAUGGCCGUCUGGGGGUUCCCAGGGAGACGCAGUUGCUGCGAGUUAAAUCUAUGCCAGGCAUUCACUGAAUUCAAACCCUUCCUUCACUACUGUUAGACAAAAAUCGGGAUAGAAAUCAAAUCAGAAUAAAAUAGUUUCAGUUCCGAGUUGAAGUGCGUGCUCCUGGGCCCGAAGUUGGCCUCUCCGCUCCCCCCAAAUGUGCUUCUUUUCUGUUCUGGAAGGUUCUACAAUUUGUCGAUACAAGUUACAGACUGGUGGAACUGUAGGAAUGGGGAAAUACACCGUCUGAACUUCAAAUCUACAGCUAUCCACAAAUCAAAACAACUGAUGUUGCUAAAAAUGAGAUAGCAUAAACUUUAGAGCUGCAAGUUUGGUUUGUUUGGCCAAAGCAACCAUAUGAGAGGUUGUGUGCCUCGAAUUCUUCAGGAUGUUUGGGGACAUGUUUGAAGAAGAGGAAGAUGUUGGAUUUGUGUCUGAGAACAAAACUAUGAAUGGGUGGAAAUCCAGGAAAAAAGACACUGACCCGCCACCACACCGAGCAGCCAGUAACCUCAGUGGAAUCAAAAACCAGGGGGGCACCUGCUACCUCAACUCACUGCUUCAAACCUUGCUGUACACACCUGAAUUCCGAGAAUCAUUGUUUGCCCUGGGGCCUGAGGAACUGGGAAAUUUAUCAGACAAAGACAAGCCAGAGUCGAAGGUUCGAGUUAUCCCUUUGGAGCUGCAGAGGCUUUUUGCCCAGCUGUUGCUUGCAGAUCAGUUGGCUGCAUCUACAUCUGACCUAACUGAUAGCUUUGGCUGGACAAGUAAUGAGGAGACUAGUCAGCAUGACGUACAAGAAUUAAAUCGAAUUCUCUUCAGUGCAUUGGAGAGCUCUUUAGUUGGAACCUCUGGGCAUGACCUCAUUAACAGACUAUACCAUGGAAUAGUCGUUAACAAGAUCGUCUGUAAGGAGUGUGGCAACAUUAGUGAAAGACAGGAGGAUUUCCUGGACUUGACUGUAGCUGUGAAAGGUGUCAGUGGACUGGAAGAAGCUUUGUGUACCUUCUAUGUUGAAGAAGAACAUUUUGAUAAUGACAAUCUCUACCAUUGUGGAAGGUGUGAGAAAUUGGUUAAGGCAACUAAGGUAAGUUUGCCACAGCAUCUUAAAAAUAUCUUUGAUCUUGAGAUCCUAAUAAAUUAUGCUGUAUACAGCAAACUUUGUUUUAAUGGCACUCUCGAUAAACCGUCUGCUCUCAAGCAUCAAGCAAGUCUUAAGGGAUGCUGUUUCCAGUGCAAAAUAUGCCUUCUUAUCGCAACCACUUCAAAACAAAAAGACCGAUACAUGUUUUCAUUGUGGCAUUUCAAAUCCAGGGCAGAGUUUGAUUCUGCAACCAAUAACAUUGAAGUCCAUCUUCAUCUGGGUCCUGAGUAUAAAUUUCGAAAUGGCGCCCUAUACCCAGCUUCUUCCCAGAAGGACAGCAUGCUGACAAUAACCAUUGAUAGGAGGAAAACAAUUGGUGAUCUCAGGCAGACUAUUUUCCAGCUGCUGGAAUUCUGGAAAGGUGAUAUGGUGAUCAGUGUUGCCAAGCAGUUGCCUGUUGGUCUUCACCUUUAUGAGACCUUCCAUGAGGACCAUACCUCUUUGCACAGUCUGGGCAUCACGGAUGGAGCCAUUCUCUUUGUAUGGAACGGUAGCCAGGUUUGUGGAGUGGUGAUACAUGUUGGUGAGGAGUUCGAACCUAUGAUGCUUAAAAUAUUGUGUCCCACACUGAAGAGCAAAUCAGAAACCGAGAUGGUGCAGUUCAUAGAGAUGCAAAAGGUGUUCACACGGAACACGUUGCUGGCUUCUGCACGAAACAGUCUAGCUCUGUCGACGGGGAUUUCACCAGAGGAGCUGACAGUUUAUUACAAAAAGAAUUUGGAGAAUAAAGGGUCCACAAACUGGAUUGCAUAUGAUGCUGAGGAUGGCCACAAGACCCUUGCGGAUCUAAGGUUGAAAGAUGGUGAUACUAUAUUAGUAUCAGACCAGAAGUGUUGCAACCUGAGUGUUCUUUCAUCGAAUGGUAUGCCAAUAACUGUAGCUGACCGCAGCUGGCUGCAGGUCAAGAAUUACUGUGGUGAGAAAUUCUCGCAGAUUGCAGGAAAAACAGUGACCAUUCCAGUCACCAUGGAGACUCUGGUUUCGGAAAUCAAAGCAAAUGCCAUUGAGAAGCUAAAGUUGAAAGAUGAACAAGUAGAUGGAACCUGUUUGAGACCAAUUGACAGAACUGGAAAGCUACUCCCUCCAGUCUGUGAGGAUUUGACUGUGAAGGGCAUUGGACUAAAAACAGGAAGCAGUUUGGCACUUUUUCCUGGCCAUACUCCAAAAGGUACACAGCUGUUCUUGUACUUCUCUGUUGGGGACAGUCUUCAUAUGACCCCUGAAAUGGAAAUAGUGGUAGAACAGAACAUCUCUGUCAGAGAGUGUUUGAAGCUGAUGUUGGAGAAAGCUGGAUUAACAGGAGAGUGUUGGCAUUUGAGGAAAACUGACUGGUGCUAUGAUGCCGGGGAGGUUUUGAAAGAUGAAGAAGCCACAUUGGCAUAUAUGAAGAUAACAAAUGGAGAGACACUGGUCAUCAUGGAGGGAAGGCUUCCACCAAAGGGAUUCCUGAUGUUACCUGUCUGGCUGUACCAGCCUCCACUGGACUCUGAAAAUAGAGGGUGCUUUCGAGAAGAGCAGGAAAACAUUGCAAAUAGACUCUGUGAUUUAAAUAUCGAGUCAACUGCCAGAGAUUUUUCAUUGCGACAGUAUAUGGGCACUGAAUUGGAAUACAUUGGCAAUAUUGAGAUAUCAGGGGAAGCUAGUCUAGAGGACUUAAAAACUCAGGUUUUGACCUUGCCUCUGCUGCAGGGUCUCUCUGUUCCUUCAAUGGAAUUCCUCAGAGUCUGGCUGGUGGAGAAUAAAUGUCCUGUCAAAAUCCUACGGAACCAGCAGCAACAGCUCAGCAAAUUUAAACUGGGGUCUAGUGCAGAGAUUGGAAUUCAACUACUGCAAGCAGAAGAGAAUCUAACGUCUACUGAGUUGCUGUUGCGGCUGAAGAUGGCAGUCCCUGGUGAAAGGAUGUAUUACCCAGCUGAGGAAUUUGUUUGGGACAUAUCCAAGGAAUGCACAGUUCGCACCCUUAAACAGAAAAUUGUACAGCACUAUUCAUUGCCACCGGAACAGAUUGAAAUUGCCAAAUAUUUUCCAGAUCAGUUUGAGUGGAUGCCUAUGACCAGUUGGACUCAGCAAGUCUCAAAGAAGAAGAAGAAAAAGAAACAGCAGAGCCUUCACGGGGCUCCUUAUUAUCUGAAAGAUGGAGAUAUCAUUGGUGUUAAGAACUUAUUAAUCGACAAAAAUAAGGACUUCAGCACUGUGGCUGAUGACAUUGGGAAGGAAAAACUCAAACUAGAAGGCAAUAGUAAAGACACACGUCAUCAAGCUACUGUCCAGGGUGGAGAUGCCUCAGAAAAUCCUGAGAAACAAGCAGUUCGUGCUCGUACCCGCAAACCGGAGGUGGCCCUGUCCAUCAGUGUAGCAGACUUCAGAUAACAGCUAUGGAAUCUGGAAGAGGGUACCUGAAAGAGCUGAUGAGCUCUUGCAGUGAGUGUCAGAGGUGCAGAGCUGAGUAAGAGUAAUGAAUGAACAGAGAGAUUCACCACCUACUGUAUGCAGGAGUGAAGGUAGCUGGUGGUCUCAGUUAUAGAAUUAUGUUUGAGGAUUAAUCGGUAAGGGCUGUCAGAUUCUUCACUCCAGUUUGGUGUGCCCUGAUGAGGUUUCCUUCUGUCUCGAACUGGGAGGAGAAACCUGACAGAACACCAUCAGAAUUAAGAGGAGAAUCUUCUCCAGCUGGCCUUUGAUUUUUGUUUUGUCAAUAACUGCCUAAAUCAAUAUUUGAAAAGAAAUUGAUUUUCUUCUUGCAAGUAUUCAGAACUAUUUUUUUUUGAAAAAUACCUAUGCAAUAAAUGGGAAUCCAUUCCCAAGAUAUAGUUCAAAGCUUCUGACACACCAGCAACUGGUGCUUGUUUACAUUAAGGAAUCCCAGUGUUGCAGCUGACCAUGCUUUAUGUAAUGUUCUGCUAAUGUGCUUUUGUGAAAUUAUCCCUCUCACUUGUUCAGGGGUGAUUGAUUUGUUGAUUAGACCAUAAAAUCCAUUGUAGAUCUUAUAACAAUGUGGAGGCUUUUAUCACAUAAAAAGUUGGUUGGUUGUGACAUAAAGGAUAUUUUUAACACCGGACAGGUGGAGAAGCAUCACAGUUAGUGGAUUUUAUGGUCUGAUUUUCAGUGAGAACCUGACUUGCUGGCAAGGACUGUGUCCCUCACAUAAACAUUUGUAACCUCAGGAGUUCCCAGGUCAGAGAGAACUUGACUUUUUAACAUGCACACAGAAAUGGUGCAAAUUGAGGUACAUUCAGAACGUAUACAUCUAUGGAAAGGAAUAAAAAUUUUUAUGUAUGAGCCUGCGUUGCCAGUGGGGUAAUAUCUCCAACAGGGUCUUUGUUUCCUUUAAUUGUCACAACGACUAGAAAACUACUUAUUUUGAGCUAGUUACUUUGCAGGUUACUCUAGGCUAUCUGAUGCCUUAAUCAACAGAGAGCUUUUAAUUGAUAGGAUUGACUAACUGUAGGGCACUCGAGUAGUUUCUACAUGACUAAUGGGACAGACAGACUAUUAUGAUAAGUUAAUUUAAGACUUUACAUUUCGUUCAAUAUCUGGUUAUUCUGCUCGUAUAAGUAUAGUCCUUAGCAUGCUCCUGACAUUGAGUUGCACCAGAUUAAGAAGACAAUUAGAUUAAGAAAAUUGUAAGUAGUUAACUGAUCCCAUCUAACAGAAUACCAUAGUUUAUAGCUGAUACAAUAUGACAAACAGAGCAUCUUUGCGCAGGACACUGAAUAAUAUGAUGUGUUGCAAUCUUUUAUCUGCACUGGGCUUCUCAGGACAGUGAGAUUGGGGUAAUCACAAAUAAAGGACAACAAUUAGAAAAUCACUGUGCAAUAUUGUGAAACAUUCUCGUGAAAUUUGUAAAUGUUACAGCGAUCUGCGCAUAUUUCCCUGUCUAAAAAUAUUAGAAACCGUUUAGAAUUAUAUUUCUCCAAAUGGAACAGAUUGCAAAAUGCCUUCUCUAAAAUGUGGUUAAGUUCCAGUUAUCAGUGGCUGAGUGAAGAAUGUCAGCACAAAUUGUGGAACUAGUAUAAAUGCUAAGCAGGAUAUAAUGUUGGCACAUUAUCUGUAUCUUUACUCUGCAGGACGUGGAUGUGUCUUACAGAUUUUACAUAUGCUGUAACAUAAUAUGGUAACUUAUGCAUUAUACGUAUUCCUUGUUAUUGCCCAAAUUGUUAGAAAAAAAACAAAUAAGAUCAAAUUGAGCCAAAAAGCCUUCAGGUCUGCAUACAAGUAAUAGGCAUCAUUAAGCCAGAAGGAAGCAGAUGGUUUCAUUGUGGCGAGGAAGGGUGAGAAGCAGCACAGGAGGAUUUGAAAGCUAAUUUUCGCGAGACGUAUAGAAAGCAUUGCUUGUUUUUGGAGCAGUCUGUUACCAGCACUGUGCAAUGGUUUGGUUUAGAAGAACUAGAUUAUUUCACAUGUGUUAGUAUGGGCAAGCAGGAACACAGAUGACAAGGUGGCUUCGAGGCUGAUAACCAUUAACUUUAUAUUUCUUUCAGUAAAAGUGGACCAGAUGUAUGCAGUGUCCUUAAAUACUUUUAAAAGUGAUCAGUUCAGCUGUUUUUUCUUAUUAGUAAUUGGCAUAGCUCUAAUUUGUUGCAGUUUUUAAAUGAAGUUUAUUUCAGUCCUUUUGGGGCUCUUUAUCCCCUCCAACAAUUUGUUUAAAGUUAGUGCCUUGUCCUGCACUUAUUUGUGCCAGUAGAUGCCAAGUAUAACUAGAGGGUUGGUGUAUGUUGUAAAAUAUAAUUUUCCACUGUUUGUUUGGAUAUAAAGGUAUCAGUACAUUGAUUGCAGAUUCUUCUUCCAAAUGGCCCACCUCAUUAACCUUUAUCGUCAUAAAACAGGUUUCAGCUUCUGUCUCACCUCAGGCAGUGAUUCUGGGUUGGAUUUACCAGUGCACUAGCCCAUCAGUAGCCUUGGAAAUGAUUUAUUUCGUUUUCAAAUUAGGUGCAACACAAGGCUGUCUGUUUUCAGUCAAUGCAGCAUCUGACAAACCACUGACUGGAAAACGUAAACUCUUUCGGUUACUGAUUGGGUCCUGUAAUUAUUAAGUAAUCCCAAGAUAACCUUAAACUAAAUUUCUUCCCUACAACUCCACUUGCUUCCAGUAGAUAAAGUAAAUGUAAAGGCAGAGGACAGGUGAGUACACCAGGUGGAUGAUUUAGUAUUAAAAAGCGAAUUCUAUUAAUGAAGGUAAAUAACUAGGCAGUCUAUAGCAGAUCCUCGUUAUUUCAGGAGCUGAUCAAUAUACAUGUGAAUGGUUUGAAUUGAUUUAUUCUAUAGUCUUGAAAUGCAACAUGAAGUUGUCGUUACUGUUUAGACGACUUUUUUUUUGACUAUAUACUGCCACAAGAGGGGGAUGUGGGGAAUUUAUUGUAGAGCAUCUCCCACUCCAAUGCUGGUGUUUGCACUGAAUUUUCGCCAAAGUUAUCAGAGACUAAGAAUUCCUGCAAAAAUUUCAGUAAAAUUAAACAUUGUGUUGUAAAUAAUUCAGUCCCAUUCAUUAGAAUUUGGGACUGGAACAGAGACUGUUGCAACCUAGUGUAAGAAAGACAGAAAGAAAAGCAAAUCAUGUAUUAGAAUGGAAUAAUUGAAAUUUUGGUUUGAAGGAAUCGCACUUUUCAUCUUUCUCCCAGCCUGUGGUUUAAGAAAGAGAGAAACACUUGCAAGUACUAGUGAGGCUGCAAGUCUGGUGCUCGAGGGCUCCAGAACCUAAUGGAAAAAUACUUCAACAAACUGCUGCAGAAUAAGCUCCUACAGUGUGAGCAACUAAUUUGUUUAUCAAGUCAUUCUUCUAAUAUAUUUUCGGGGAAGUGGGAAGCUCUCCUUUAUGAAUUUUCCUAAGAUGGAAUUGGUUUAUUUUUAUCAAACAUAAACAAGUGCAAUAAGUUAUGUAAAUCUCUAUAAAUUGAUUAAAGAAUUUAUACAAAA